CCUGCAGACCUGGGGAUUGCCCGUCGUGCGCCUGCUCGUCACCUGGGAGGCGCUGGGCCACGCCGGUCCCGACCCGGCUGCGGAUCUGGACGUGGAGUACAUCGCCUACCUCCGCGCUCUUGUCGAGAUGAUGCCGCAGUACGGCAUCAAGUGCUUCGUGUGCGCGCACCAGGACGUCUGGAGCCGGUUCAGCGGAGGAAGCGGCGCUCCCGGGUGGACGUUUGAGGCGGCGGGAUUGGAUAUCGAGGCCUUUACUGAAACGGGUGCGGCCUACGUCCACGGCCAGGAUGAGGAACGGCGAGCGAAUGGACUUGUCGACGAGAGAGAACCGAGUGGUCCUUUCCUGUGGCCGUCUGGCUACCAGAAACUCGCUGCGUCGACCAUGGCCACUCUGUUCUGGGCUGGCGAUGCCCUCGCCCCGCAGCUGAAAUGCCGCCGCUCUCCAAUUGGCGGCCAGGCCGGCUCCGAGCACGUCUCGAUCCAAGAAUACCUCCAGGACUCCUUCGUCGAGGCCUUCGGAAAGCUCGCCGACGAACUGGUCGACCUCGAAGCCUGCCUCGGAUUCGAGCCUCUCAACGAGCCCCACCGCGGCCUGGUCAACCUGCACGACUUCCACGGCUGGAACUACGACACGGACCUGCACAUCGGCCACUACCCUUCGUUCGCCCAGGCCCUGGCGCUCGGCAGCGGUUAUGCGCAAGAGGUGAAGUUCUACGUCAAGUCGUGGCCGUUCCCGACCCGCGUCUCCCACAAGUCCGUUGUCGAUCCCAAGGGCCGGUCCGCGUGGUUGUCUCUCCAUGGCAAGUCGCCCGAGGCCCAGCACGGAAUGGGACAGUGUGUUUGGCGUGCGCAUGGCGUGUGGGAGUGGGACGAACAAAAGAAGGCGCCCGUCGUGCUGAACAAAGAGUAUUUCGAGACGGAUCAUCGCCCAGGACGUGAAGGGAACAAGAUUGAGUGGUAUCGCGAUUGCUAUGCUCCCUUCCUCAAGAAAUUCUCGGACCGUGUUUCGCGCAAGUCUUCUCGCCAGAUGUCGUUCGUUGAGCCCAUCCCAAACGAGUUCAUGCCUCCCUGGCCUGCACAGCUUCCAGAGAACAAAGAGACGCCGAAACAGAAAUAUGCCGUCCAGACGGUCAUCAACACUCCUCGUCCGGCCAACUUUGUCUACGCCCCCCAUUUCUACGAUCUGAACGUGCUGUUCAGCAAGCACCACGCGUUCAUGAGUGUCAACGUGCAGGGCCUGUCACGAGGCAUGUUUGUUCUCAAGGGUCUUUACUUUGGCGCACAGGCAUUGCGGAGGAACUACAGAACGCAGAUUGGAAAUGUCGCCAACCACGGAAAGCUCUCGCUCGGCGAGGUGCCGACGGUUAUCGGCGAGGUCGGCAUUCCUUACGAUAUCAACGGCGGCGCUGCGUUCGCAACGGGGUGGUAUGACAAGCAACGAGAACUGAUGAACGCUUUAAUUUCCGCCAUGGAGGACAACUUUGUGGGGUUCACUCUGUGGAAUUACAACCCCCACAACCGCUUUGAGUACGGCGAUGGGUGGAACAAGGAGGACUUUUCAAUCAUCAACGGCGAUGACAUCGGGGAGCAUAGCCUUGGCCGCCAAGACUACCGAAACCGGUCCCAUGAAGACGAUGAAAUGUACCGCGGAGGACGAGUGCUGGAUGUUGUUAUCCGGCCGUAUGCUGCCAAGAUUGCUGGGAAGCCGAUCCGUUCGGACUGGGACCACCGAACACUCCGGUACGAGUUUGAGUGGAGCAGUGAAGGCGGCAGUGAGAAACAGACGACAACAGACGAUUUGUCCGCAGACAAGGCCCGUUUGACCGAGGUGUUCAUGCCAAACUACCACUACGCCAACCACGAGAUUCGCGUCAGCGUCAGCGAUGGGGACUGGUCAUACGACGCCGCGAAGCAGACAUUGCUGGUGCGUCACGCUGCGCACAGUGGUGCGGCUCGUCACAGCCUGGUUGUCCAGAUCCGCGACCAGAGCGAGCAUCUGCUCAAGCGCGUGCUAGAGCGACGGCAGGCAGGCCCUCCGGAUUUCCUCUUUGAUCUGAUUCCGCCCAGCUGGGAAGCGUGGUUUGACGAGAUGGCUAAUGGCCCAGAGGUAUUCCUGUUCUGUCUUCCCCUGCUCACUAUUCUGUUCGCUAUCGCGAUCCAGUUCCUGCUGUAGACGAGCGUGCAGUCGUGAUUUUGCUUCAUGUAUUAGACUUAGACGCUCUUAGACAAGUCUCUAGAACAUUGAUGAGCGGUCAAUGCUGAUUUAGUCAACCCGUUACGAAA